UUUUAAUUGAAAUUUAGUCAAAAAUGAAGAUAAUUCUGGGAACUUCACAAGGAUACAAGACCACCUCAAUUCUGAACUUCGGGUACAUCUAUCUGCAAGAAUGGCUCAGUGAGAGGGAACGAGACAUUGAAGAUCAAAAAGAGAGCAAGGAUUCACCAGCACCUUAUGUUGUGUACAUCACUUCUAAGCAGAAAAUGAAGGAAAAUAGCCUAGUUUUUGGAACUUACUCAGAAGUCACUAUAGAUGUCCUAAAGAACAUUAAAAUGAAGUACAUAGAUACUAGCGAAGGGCUGAUCAAUUAUCUGAUCGAUUUCCACCUACUUAAGGAUAGGCCCAAGCUUGUCCUGAUAGAUGGAAUGGAACUUUACUGUACAGGCAGCAAUGAUAAAAAGUUGUCCCAGAUUAAUACCUCUAACAAAAAGCUCAAAGUUGAUUACCUGUGAAACUUAAUGAAGCACAUAGAAGAGCUGUACAGUAAUUCUUUGAGUGAGACUAAAUUUAUCUGAACACAUCGAAUUUUCAGUUGAAUAGAGUCAGCAAGUACUGCCAGUACAAAGCUACUCAAUAGUGCGAAAUCAGAAUUGAACUUCCUGAUUUCUCUUUAUGUCGACCACUGAACUGAUGUCUAUCUGAUGGUGACCUCAGCUAAUGCCGGGGGAGCCCCAGCAAAGUUGAUGGAUUCAGAUCCAGAAGACAUAAAUAUCCAGGUAGACACAGGAGAGAUCUGAGUAGCCAACUGCAUCUUCACAGUUUGCCCUGUCACAUGCCAAACUACAGAGAAGAUGGAUGACUGGCUCGAACUCUGUCGUGAAGAGAUGAUAACACUCUGGAGAGUGGCCCAGAGUGACGAAAUCGAAGAAGAACAAACCUCCCUUCAAAGAGUUGAAGAAGGCAAAGAAUUUGAAUCUGUCAAAGAACUCGUAGAUUACCUCAAAGGUGAAGAAAAACAAGAAUAUGACGAUGAAGGUGACCAAAGAAUGGCUCAAGAUGAGGAAAUUCCAGCUAGCAAGGAAAUAUCCAAAGAGAAGAAUAAAAUGACACCGAGUCAGUAGAGGAUCAUUCAACCAAUGAGGCUGGUAAGGUUGCAUAAGUAGACAAAGACUAACUCAUAAAUGUUUAACUAUUAAUUCC